AAUUUUAAGCGCGCGACGAUGGCGGGGUAUAAUCAGCACUUUGAGAAAGCGUUGGAUUUCAUCGAUGUCUAUCGGGAGUUGAUAGACUGUCAUUUAGUUGACUUUAUUACUGAAGGAUUAUGGGACAAGUGCUUGCCGGAGAAACUUAGAUCGGAGCUCGAGAAUAUUGAUACGAGCGACGAUAUCUGGGCGGAGGACAAUACCGAUUCAGAAUUGAGUAAUUUCGUACAGUUAACGAGAUCGCUUUCUUUAGAAUCAUGCCCAGCUGUUGCGCGCGUGGACGAUUUGCCAAAGCUGUUACCGCAGUCUUCCAAGGAACGUUUGCUCGAAAACGAACUCGUCUGUCCGAAGUCUGAGCUUAUGAAUACAAAGAAGUCACACGAAAUCGAGGUGCUUGGGAAAGUUAUUGCCGAAAUAGCACUUUGCACUCGCAGUUUAGUGAUAGACGCCGGAGCCGGGAAAGCGUAUUUGUCGACAUAUCUGUCAGAACAUUUUAAUAUCCCUGUAUUGGCAAUUGAUUCGUCACAAGUUUGUCACAAGGGUGCGAUAAAUCGUCAGGAAAAGAUUCAAAAAAGGAAACGAUCGCUAACGAAGGUGCGAUAUAUAGUUCAAGAGUUAGACGACACGACCAAUUAUAACAAAGUGGUGAAUACGUGUUAUCCCGAUUGGAGCGUAAACAGAAAUCUCAUUUUGACAGGAUUGCACACAUGCGGAAUGCUUGUGCAUUCUGCAAUCAAAGCCUUCUUACGUGCGACGGACAUUAAUUUGCUUCUUGUGGUCCCAUGCUGUUAUCAUUUAGCGGAUGAAACGUUGAGCGGACGUUGGAAUUUCACUAAAAAUGCCAGAAUGUUGGCUCAACAGUCUAUCGAAAGAAGUAGACGUAAUAAGAAUCUUUCUCCUUCGUUAUUUUACAGAGCCGUACUGCAAGUUAUCCUACAUUCAAUGGGAUAUUACAACGCUAAAGUAGGUCGUGGUGGACCGUUGAAUAAUUUCGCGGAUUACGCAAAGUGUGCACUAUCCAAAAUCGGAGUGGAUAAGAAGCAGAUACCAUCCGCUUACGUGUUGCAACAAAUAUAUCAAGAUCACAUGCAUUUCGAGCCAAAGUUGCGUCUCUUUCAAAUGUUGAGAAUAUAUAUGAGCUCAGUAGUGGAAGCGGCAAUCAUGUUGGAUAGAGUAAUAUUUCUACAAAAUAAUAUCCAGUGUUCUGAGGUUGCUGUAAUACGCUUGUUUGAUCCAACACUGUCUCCCAGAUGUUAUGGAAUAAUUGCAACGAAAUAAGUACAAUAAAUAUAAAUGUAAUAUUAAAGAUGUUAAUAUUAAAAGAUGUUAAAAGACAGAAAAGUCAGAUUUGAUCUGAUUAGUGGAAUGCCAAUUUAUUCAUAGAAAGUAUUUGUCACUCUAAUAUAAAUAUGAAUAAUUUAAAUUUGAAAUAUUUAAAUAUUUACAUAUUGUAUAUAAAAUAAUGAAAUCUUUAAUAAAAGUUUUUUCAUUAAAUUGUCAAAAUAUUUAAAUUCACAUAAAUCACAUCAUAUGAAACGCGGGCUUCAACGCAGGUAACACGGCAAUUUUAAGAUAGGAUUUUGUAUAAAUGUGAGAUUUUCAAGUAUGAUACUUUUAUUUAUCUUAAAAAUAAUCACUUUUUAUUAAUGCAUUCAUCGUACAUUAUACAUAUACAAUUACUUAACUCAUGAUAGAGUUAAGACUUAUUUUCUAUGUUUUAUCCUUAAUAUUAUAAUCUUCCUGUUUGCUUUGUAUAUUUAUAAUACAGUUGCGUAAAUAUUUACUUCUUAGUGUACGAGAGCGAGUUCGUAAGUAACUCUAAGGAAAUACAAACGGAAACUAUAGAACUGCAAUUGCACUGUUUACACCUGCUCACAAUUUCUACUUCGUCCUGUAAUACUUUACUGUAAUACAGCUAGAUUCUAGAAAACGCACGAAUUUUAAUACAUUCGACAAAGAUUAUGAGCCAUAUUGACUGAAAUCUUCAAUAUCUAGUAAAUUGUUUUGUUUCGAACAGACGUAUAUAAAAAAUGAGUUAAUAUUAAAUAUGUAUAAAAUACAUAUUUAUUAUUUUUAUUUAUAAAACGAUUCAGUGUUAAUAUCAUCCAAUAAAUAUCCAUCAAAUAAUUGAUGUAACUUGGAAUUUCUUCGGAAGAUAAUCACAAUCGUGUACAAAUAUCAAAAAUUACGAAACAAGAAUCAAGAGGUUUGUAAUUUGUGAUAAGGGUGUAUUAUUGUUAUUAUUUUCAAUUAAUUUGCAUAUGUCAUUAAUCAUCCUUUGACUUUUAUCGAGACAAAUCAAAUUUAAGAGUUCAAUGAUUUUAAGAUCAAUCCAUUAUAGUAACUAAAAAUUACUUGUCGUUUCCUACAAGGUAAUUUUAAAUGAUUCUAUUUGUGUGAACAUACUAUUUUAUAUAAACAUACUAAGAACACGAAUCAAAGGUAAAUCGCAUUACUUAAAGUUUAAACACAAUCAAAA